GUUCUGGAGCUUUGUAGCCAUGGCGUGGGACGCACCACACGGGAGGAGAGAGCUGGGGGCCGCGCGUAGGGUUUUGGGUAGGGUUUCUAGGAUUGCCGGCUCGAGGCGCCCGGCGAUAGAUGAAUCGGUGGGCCGGGUCUCGUGAGAAUGUCGAUCGGGCAGCAAUGUCGGAUUCUUGCGAUCGAGUUCCUGGUCGUGCUCGUCGCGGCCUUCCAGGCGCGAGCUCUCAACGAGGAAGGGAUCGCUCUCAUGGCCUUUCGAAUGCAGAUUACGCAGGAUCCCACUGGAAUUUUCACGAGCUGGAAUGCGGCGGAUGAGGAUCCAUGCGGCUGGACUGGGGUCUUCUGCGACGAUGACAAUCGCGUCAAGAAGCUGCUGAUCCAUGGCGCCGGCCUCGCAGGUACCAUCUCGCCGGCGCUCAGCGGCCUCCCUUUCCUGCGGACGCUCUCCCUCUCCAACAAUCUCCUCAAAGGCAGCAUUCCCUCGCAGCUCUCGCAUAUUUCGAGCCUCUGGAAGCUAAAUCUCAGCAGCAACGAGCUCGCCGGCACCAUCCCGGCCUCCAUCGGCAAGAUUCCGGGGCUCCGGAUGCUCGAUCUCUCCUCCAAUCUCCUCACGGGCGCGAUCCCGCCGCAGCUGUUCGGGAAUUGCUCCAAGCUGAGGUUCGUGAGCCUGUCAGGCAAUGCGCUUGCUGGGAGCCUGCCAGUGGCUCUGGGCUCUUGCGGAUCCUUGAAGUUUGUGGAUUUUAGUUCCAACCGGCUCACUGGGAGCGUGCCGGCGGAGAUCGCUUUCUUGGACGAGCUGCUUUUGUUGCUUAUCCAAGAGAACUCGCUCUCGGGGGAUUUUCCAUCAGAGGUUCUUUAUCUUCCUUCUCUCGAUAUCCUCAAUGGCUCGAAGAAUGCUUUCAGCGGUGGGCUCCCGGACAGGCAAGGUGAUGAUGGGUGUCGAUCACUCGAGGUCCUGGACUUGUCUUACAAUAGCUUCGAAGGUCCUAUUCCUUCCAACUUCGGAGAGUGUCAGGAAUUAUCGCUCAUCAACUUAUCACACAACAGGUUUUCGUCUCCGAUUCCCGAUGCCAUUGGGAAGCUCGCAUUCUUGGUCAGCCUGGAUCUUAGCAGCAAUGCCAUGCACGGCAGUAUUCCACAAGCUCUAACGCAGGCGAGGUUCUUAAUUGAACUCAAACUUUCCAGCAACGAUCUUAGUGGUACCAUUCCGCGAAGUCUCAACAACUUGACAUUCUUGAAGACACUCCUUCUUGGCCAUAACAUGCUACAGGGCUCUAUUCCCGCCGAGGUUGGAAGGCUAACUCACUUAGAGCGGCUGGAUCUCUCUUUCAACAACAUUACCGGAAGUAUUCCUAUCCAACUGGGUGACUUGUCGCAUCUGGUGCUCUUCAACGUCUCCUACAACAACUUAACUGGAUUCAUACCCAGGCGGGGCGUGUUACAGCGUUUUGACAGGAGUUCUUACAUUGGCAAUACGUUUCUGUGUGGUCCGCCGCUGUCACUGAGGUGCACUCCUAUGGUUUGGCCAGGACCAGCAUUAUCGCCGACGCUCGAAGGUGGUGGGAAAACACACGUCUUGACACCUUACACCAUAGCAGCCAUCGUCGCCGCAAUCCUCGUUGCCUUGGGUGUUUUUAUCGUCGUCAUCUUGAACAUCAAGGUUUUGACGAGGCCAAAGAAGACUCCCGCUGAAGUGCUCGUCUACGAAAGCACUCCGCCUUCUCCAGACUCGAGCACAGGUGUGAUCGGCAAGCUCGUCCUCUUCAACCCGAACAUCCCGUCCAAGUACGAGAACUGGCAGGAAGGAACCAAAGCUCUUGUAGACAAGGACUGUGUGAUCGGGUAUGGACCACUGGGGACUGUUUACAAGGCCGUGGUGGAUGGCGGAGUGGCACUCGCUGUGAAGAAGCUCUCUAGUCUCGGCCAGAUAACCAGCCAGGAGGCCUUCGAGCGGGAAAUAGCGAUCCUCAAGAACGUAAAGCACAGGAACGUGGUGACGCUGGAAGGAUACUACUGGUCUCCUCCAACAAAGCUGCUGCUAACCGAGUACCUCCCCAACGACAGUCUCUUCCAUCACUUACACCAGCGCAUGGAAGGCCAGCUACCAUUGCCUUGGUGGAGACGGUUCAAGAUCGCCUUGGGCGCCGCGAGGGGGCUGGCUUACCUUCACCACGACUGCAGGCCACAGGUCCUCCUCUUCAACUUGAAGUCGACCAACAUCCUUCUGGACGACGAGUUUGAGCCUCACAUCUCGGACUAUGGCCUGCGGAGGCUUUUGCCGAAGCUGGACACGUACAUGACCGACCGGAAGCUGGAGCUGGCGGUGGGAUACGUUGCGCCGGAGAUGGCAGUCCAGAACCUGAGGCUGACGGACAAAUGCGACGUCUACAGCUUUGGGGUGGUGCUGCUGGAGCUGGUCACCGGGAGGAGGCCCGUGCAAAACUUGGAGACGGACGCGGUGGUGCUGUGCGAGUAUGCCAAGGCGGCGUUCGAGCAGGGGCGGGGCUUGCAGUGCCUGGACCAUGAGAUGAGCUCGUUUCCAGAGGCCGAGAUCAUGCAGGUUUUCAGGAUCGGGCUGCUGUGCACUGCGCAGGAUCCGAGCAGGAGGCCGUCCAUGGCUGCCGUUGUCCAGAUGAUGGAGAUGCUGUCAAUGUGAGUUUGUUCAUACAGGAUCGAUCGACCGAGCCUCUAUAUACAUAAAAACUGGCAAUGCAAACGCAAGAACUUGCGGUAAGAUUGAUUGUUUUUCUUUCUUUUUUCUCUCUGCAGGAAUAUGUACAUUCAUUGUUUUGCAAAAUUUGUGAAAAUUCAAAACACAAUCAAAUUUUUGUUUAAAA